AGUUUCUACUCAGUGAAACUCAGUGUGGGGUGUGGAGUAAUGAGUAGAAUGAGGAAUGAGGAAGAGCAUUGUAAAAUAUUUAAAUAUAGCUUUAAAUGUUUAAAUGCAGUCUUGUGUUUAAGCGGUCUACCUCCUUUUAUGGUCAAAAGUCAGAUAUAGAUACGGAUUGACAAAUCAAAGCCUAUUUAGGGUUCUCAAGAUAAGGCUGUCAAUAGGAGGAGAUGGUGGAGAGGCGAGAAGGGCAGACUUUGGACCCGUUCAUUUGCUCAUAUUCUUCGCCACCGGCUGAAGAACCUCGGUUUGUCUCUCUUCUUCCCGUGGAAGACAUGAAGAUUGAUUUUGCCCCCAUGAAAGUUCCCAUGCAGCGCAGACUGCAGACGGCGGCGGUGGUACAGUGGGUCUUCUCCUUCCUCGGCCUGGCACCCACCUGCAUUGUUCUGUUCUUUUACCUGCUGUUCACCCGCUUGUGGCUGAUCAGUGUGCUGUACGCCGUCUGGUGGUUCUUCGACUACGACACCCCCUCACGCGGAGGCCGCAGGGUGUCAUGGCUGUGCAAUCUAUCCAUUUGGAAAUACAUGCGGGAUUACUUCCCCAUCAAGUUGGUGAAGACGGCUGACCUGGAUCCCAGGCACAACUACAUCCUGGGCUUCCAUCCCCAUGGCGUGCUGGUGGCCGGCGCCUUUGCCAACUUCUGCACUUGUUCCACAGGCUUCAGGGAGUUGUUUCCCGGUCUCACCAGCUACAUGCUCAUGUUGCCGCUUUGGUUCAGGAGCCCGUUCUUUAGAGACUACAUCAUGUGGGCAGGUCUGAUUCCCUCGGACAAGGAGAGCGCCAGAUACCCGCUGUCCAAACGAGGCGGCGGUAACGCUGUGGUGAUAGCAGUAGGUGGGGCCCCGGAGGCCCUCUACGCACACCCCGGGACCUACAAUGUAGUGAUGGCCAAGAAGAAAGGGUUCAUUAAAAUGGCGAUGGUGAAUGGUGCUCAUCUGGUGCCAGUUUUCUCCUUUGGAGAAAACGAAGUGUAUGAUCAAGUGGGAAACCAAAGAGGUUCGUGGCUUCGAUGGACACAGGAGCAGUUGCAAGGCAUCAUGGGUAUCUCCCUGCCUCUCUUCCAUGCACGUGGCAUUUUCCAGUACUCCUUUGGUCUCAUGCCCUACAGAAAAUCCAUCAGUACAGUUGUUGGGCGGCCAAUCAAGGUGGAGAGGAAUACGAAGCCAUCGGCCAAGGAAUUAAAUGCCCUCCACCAGCGCUACAUGGAUGAGCUCAGCAGCCUUUUUGAGGAGCACAAAGGCAACUACGGAGUGGACAAGGACGUACAUCUGAACUUUGUGGACUGAUUCAGAUCCAUAUUUAGUAGAUUUGCAUUUAUAUUUAUUUGUGUAACUCUGGUGCUGCAGGCUUGGAGAAUUGAUUGGCUCUGGGCUGUUAAGUAAAGAGAAAUAAACUUAAUGCUGUAUUGGUUUUAAAUGAGGGGAGAAUUGCAUGAAUACGUAAGCUUUUCGCUCACAUAGUUAUGUGAGCGAAAAGCUUACGUAUUCAUAACUAGACCUCACUGUUCCUUUAGGCUGCUGCCGCUUGCCAAGGAGGAGUGUGAAAUGGUUCAGAAGGAGCACUGACGACUGAGGGUUUCCUCAGCAUCUCCCACUGGUGGUUUCUGUCUGGGGUCUGAGCCUUUGUGCAAUACCUGACACUUUCUCAAACAGAGUCAGAGGUUGCAUUUGGAUUGCAAUAUCAUACGGAGACACUGUCCUUAGUCACUAAUGAUUUUCGGGUUUGGUAUCUGCUACAAACAGGGAAAAUAAAAAUCUUCCAUACAGCACUCAACCGAAUCUUCUCUCUUUUG